GAAGCAGGAAGUGGGAACAUGCGGCGAAGCUGAAGGAGGAUCGCUGAGCUCCGGGUUCCUUAAGAUUAAUAAAAGGGAGCGAGGUAAGAACACAAAGACGGCUGUUGCUUCGUAGCACCCACUUCCAUCGCAGAGACUUCGCUUUUACCUCACAGGCCUGAUUCACCUCGCGGAUGAGGGUUCUGCAGAACUAUCAUGGAGGUAACAUGCACCGCACGGGUGUCUGUUUCUUUCUAUCGCAGGCUGAACUGAAAUGUGGAAAAUGCAGCAUGUUUAUUAAAGUGCCGUCACGGAAGAGCCCAGACUGUUCCCAGCCAUGGAGAUGCUGGGGAGUAUUAUUGCCUCUGCCAAAACUAUCUACCAGAUGUGUGACAAAGCCCAGUCCAACAAGAAACAAUGCAAGCGCCUGAAGGAAAGAGUGCAGCUGCUGAUGGUGCCUGUGAACCAGCUGACGACGCAGCGCCACAAGUCCCAAGAGCUGGAGGGCGUCCUCGGUGAGCUUCUGCUUGUUUUGGACAAUGCCAGGUGCUGGCUGGUGAAAUACUCCCAGAAGGGCUGGUGGCUAAAGAUCAUGCAGGCUUUCCGCAUUAAAGAAGAGUUCGGACUGAUCAGCGAUCGCCUCAGAGACGCCGCCGAGUCCCUGCAGCUAGUGCUAAACGUGGAAGCCAGGGAAGAAUUUCUCCGAUGCUUUAAGGAAAACGUAUGGAAGAAGCAGAACCGGAAAGCUGUGGAUGAGGAUCUAGAGCAGCUAAGUCAAGACCUUAGAAGUAACAAGGUGGACAGUCCGAGUUCUGCAUUAGAAGAUCACAACGAGAAGAUUGCCGCGCUGUUGUCACAAGGUAUCUGCGCAUCCUGGAAUAUCACAGAGAUACGGGCGACAGACCUGAAGCGGGGCGAGCUGCUGACCGAGACACCCAGCCAUUCUCUGUACAGGGGAGAAUACCACAAGGGCCCUGUGGCUAUCAAAGUGCUGAAAGGGCAACUGAAUCAGAAUGAUGAUUUUGUGAAGAAAACGUUUCAGGCUGAGAUUAAGACCAUGAAGAAAUUUGAAUGUGUGAAUAUUCUGCGACUCUACGGCAUCUGUAUUGAUAAUUCAAAAAGUGAGCCGUGUUAUUCCCUGGUGAUGGAGUUUUGUGAGAAGGGGACGCUGCGAGAUCUGCUGAACAGAGAGAAGGCGCUGUCCUGGAUGCGCCGGGUUCACAUGGUGCUGGAUGCUGCCAGGGCUCUGUACAGGUUACAUCAGACGGAGUUGAAAGCCAUUCUGCACGGAAGCCUCAGCAGCUCCAAGUUCCUGGUGGACGGGACAUACUGUCUGAAGCUGUCUGAAUUUGAGCUCUCCAAGACGGAGUCAUCCAUGAGAAGAAGCUCCAACUCAGAGAAGAGGAAGGACGGCAUUAAAUCGGCGUACAUUCCUCCCGAGACUGUGCAAAGCAUCAACGCGUAUGACAAGCGCAGCGAGGUUUACAGUCUGGGAGUCGUGUUUUACGAAAUCGCAAGCGGGAAGGUGCCUUUAGAGGGACUGCCGGCCCCUGAAGGAAACCUGGACGAGAUCCAUCAGAAGCUUCGUGCUGAGGUGGAGGCCGGUCUUCCCUCCGACUGCCCGGCUGUUCUUUGUGACAUUAUCAAAAAGAGCCUAGAAAGCGACCCCAAUAAUCGCCUGACAGCCGGAGUUAUUGUGGAUCAACUGGUUUUUUAUCUGAACCAGCAAGACCCCGUAAGAGCCGCUGUUGAGACCACCGUAUAGGGUCCAUUCCCACAAUGGAGACCCACACGCCGCCACCGCCAGCCUUUCUGUGUUACAGCUACUGAGGCUAACCCGGGACUUUAGGAUGGACCCCGUCCUC